AAUUUUGAUUGAUCCGCGUUGUCUCAUGUGUCUCGAUGGGUUGGUUUUAUACAAUUGUCGUGCUGUACUACGCUUGGUUAUGACGUUUGUGAUAGAGUCAGGGAAACUUGAAAUGUUAAUGUGUGUGUUUUGAGUUUAAAAGAAACAUUAAUGUACUUCGCUAGUUUUCCCAAGGAGUGAGUUUUUAUUGCAGCUGUAAGGAGAUUAUAAGAGCCUAUGGACAUUGGAUUAGUUUCUUGUACCGAAAGUCACAUGACUGUGAACUGACCCUGGCAAAAACUAUACCUGUGAGCAGCAGCCAGCUGCAACUGUUGUCAUUGUGCAAUAUUUAAAGAAUGUCCAUCAAUCCUAUGUCGUACGAGACCCAGUUUUUUGGGUUUACUCCUCAGACCUGUUUGCUUCGUGUAUAUAAUGCAUUUCAAGACUAUCUAUUUGAUAUAAUGCUGAUUGCUGAACAAGUGAUUCUGAGAAAACUAGAAGGUCUACCAGACAGCAACAUUAGCUCUUCACAGAUUCGUGAAGGUACUGAAAGCUUUCUGAUCUUCAUGAAGGAGCGUUUUGAACAACUGUUUGGCAAAAUGGAGAGCAUACUACUGAACUUUGUGCUAAGCAUACCAGAAAAUGUUUUGCUUCCAGCAGACAAAGUUCAUGAGCAGUACUCUUACAGCAAAGAGGAGUUCCAGCAACUUGAGAGAGAGGUCAAACAGCUACAAAUGAAUUGUAGUGCUGAAGCAGCAGCCAGACAGGAACUUUUGGUUGAACUUGAUGAGCAAAAAGCUACUGAAGCAGAAUUACAGAAAACACUGAGGUGGUUUGAUAGUCUUGAAAAUGCUGGCAAAGAAAAUGGCAUUGCUGACUUCACAGAAAGUCUAGCUUUCCUAACUCGCUCUGCUUCUGAAGUCUCAAGCAAACUGAAAGAAAUUGAAGAAAAAAGCAAAAGCUUGGGUGAAAAGCCAGAUGUGACAGAUGGAGGUGUGCAAACUAGAAGCCGGAGACAAUAGAGCAUAUAAAAAGCUGUAUUUGAAGUAAAGUUACACAUAUGUGUUUGUGUCUUUUUUGAUCAUUGCAGUAGCUGAAAGUGUGUGUGUGUGUGUGUGUGUGUAUGUAUAUGUAUGUAUAUAUAUAUAUAUAUACACACACACACAUUAUGCUUGUCUACUGGGACUAUGCUCUGAAUUAAAGCAUUUAAAACCAUGCCCCUUUUUUAUAGUCUAGUGGUUUAGAUAGAAGUGCAGUGCCCAUAGUUGACAUGGUUUGUUGUCAUCUGCUCAAUGUACACAGAGUAUUCUCUUCAUCUAAACAAUGUUUCCUCUGAGUCAGUAGAACUUUAAGAAUGUUUUCUUUACAUUUUUAAACAGUGUAUUAUUGAAUAUUUUGGUCGACUUUGGGUUUUCAGCCACGUGAGGGGAAAAGCGUAUUACAUUGUCACUGCAUACAUCUUCGUAUAUAUCUAAGCUGUGAUGGUUUUAUGCAUUUGAUGACUUACUGUAGUAGUGGUGGACGAUGCUGCUUUUUAAGUAAUGCAGUGAAUGAAACAAGGCACCAUGAAGUUAGGAUUAUCCUAGGUAGUGCUGACUGUCUACUGAUGGGGUAAUGAUUGGUAUAACAGAUUUCUUAACAUCAUCUAUUUGAACAUUUUGUGUUUCCUUGACUAGCUUGAAGUUUUAUGUAUUGAUAAUAUAAACUUAAUACAUAAAACAGUAGUUGGCUAUCCAUUUAGGAUGCUGUGUUUACAUUUUCAGCAGUGGCAUUAGUAUGAAUCUGAAAAAAAACCAUCAUUCUUUUGAUUUGUGUUAUGUAAUGCGCAUAAAUUUGAGAUGAGAUCCAGUUUACCUUUUUAUGUAGCUGUAUACAGUUUUCAUAUAUUGUUGUAAUUGUACAUUCAUGGUAUUAAUAAAUAGUUAUAUACAG